AUGAGGGCACUCCUCGCAGGACUCGCCCGGGCAUUCGCCAGCUCAGCCAGCACGCUCAAGAAGAAGCGGGCCAUCCAGCCCAUCCCCCCACUCGCCGAAGAGGACCUCGUCGAGCAGUUCGUCCGAGGAUCAGGCCCAGGCGGACAGGCAGUCAACAAAACGAACAAUGCAGUCUCACUCAUACACAAACCAACCGGAAUACGCGUACAGGCACACACCCACCGAUCACGGGAAGCGAACAGAAACCAGGCCAGGAGAGUGCUAGCCGAACGAGUCGACUACACCCUCAACAGGGGGGCCAGCAAACUCGAAAAGAUCCGGCCUGUGCCUCCUUCUGCUUUAUUCCUCAUCAAUCCCAUUGAAAUCGCCAUCCUUUACACGACCUCGUUCGAGCAUUCCUCACAGCAGCCACGUAAACCGAACCCCAAUUCACGUCAAGCAGAUACCUCCACACUCCGAAGCCGCCAUCAGUGUUUAGAAUUGCAGACUCAGCCAACGAAUAAUUACAGACAUCCCACCAUAAUAAUGUUUUCCAUGAUGAUCUUUCUCGCCUUGAGUGUCGCCGGCUUGCUGCCUUCCUGUGUCUCCGGCCAGGCGCAAAACAACCUGACUUGCUACGUGAAUCGCUCCGCCAAGCCGAUCGAUUUCCGACACUGCCAAGGCGCCUUAAACAAGAUUAGUUACGACCAGCAUAAUCGUCUCGACUCUGUGUCCAGUAGACUUUUCGUUUGGCAUAAGACUUGUACCAUUAAUGUCCACAAGACAACAAGUCUGACCCCUUCGCGCGCGCAUAUCGAAGGAUCCGUUCGAGAGCUCUUCCAUCAUUGUAAUUCUACUGGUGGGCUUCGCUCGGAGCCUCAGAUGAACACCCGAGUCUCCCGAGCCAACGCGUUGAACGCCUACCCGGUGAACCAACCGAUCUGCCGUAAGAGAAAGUGUAACUUCCAGCCCAACGACUGUCUCCUGGCUUUUAACCAAAUCCCGGUUGAUCACAAGGGCAACUUUGUGCCAAAUCUUAUUAACAAUGCUGUCCGCGUCAAGCGAGGCAAUUGCUCGGUCGUUGCACGGACCACCGAUCGAGCGCCCUUCCGCACCUCACACCCGCAACUGAACUCGGCCUUUAAACAGCUCCUAAGCCGAUGUGGCAACCACCCCGGGAAGAUUUUUGUUCCCGGCGGAACCGCUGGCCGCAACGGUGCCAUCAAGAUCUCUAUCCGUGCCCGUCGACUUGGCACUUGCAAAUAA